AUGGAUCUGUCCAAGUGUGUGUUCGUCUUGUUGGCGUGCAGUGCGUUCGUCUACGCGUCCACGACGACGAAGGACGACGACGGUAUCGUCGACAGGGGGUUCCGAGCGAUGUACCGCGUCUACGAGGAGUGCCAGCACCGCAACAUGGCCGUCUCGCCGUGUCUGAAGAAGAAGGCGAUAUCGUUCUUCGAGAGGCUGGGCAGAAUGCGUACUCUGCCGCUGUCGGAGAACUUCGAGCUGAUCAGAACCACCGACGAGGCGCCGAAGAGCUCCAUCGCCGACUUGGAGGCUAGUCUGGGGAGAAACGCUGGCAGUAAAGACGAGAUCCUGACGGAGAUCCUGCUGGAUCGGGUCGCCUCGCUGUUGAACAGCUUCAACGUGCAGAUUCGUCUGCCUAAAACGAGCCCUGGCGAGCUGAAGAGAGGCAUGGAGGAGGGCCGUGGUAAAAUGAAGAAAAUGAUGGGCAUGAUGAUGAUGGGGAUGGCCAUGAAGAUGGCGGCGCUGAUACCCCUAGCCUUGGGAGUGCUGUUCCUGCUCGCUGGAAAGGCCCUGAUUAUCAGCAAGAUCGCUCUGGUCCUGUCGCUGAUCAUCGGGCUGAAGAAGCUCCUCAGUCAGAAGCAGAGUCACGACCAUGGCGGUUGGCAGCAAAGCGGCGGUGGAUGGGACAGGAGUCUGAAGGGUGCCCUUGGAUCCACCGAGACUACCACGACGGAGGCGGCGCAAAACUACGCGCACAGCUUGGCCUAUUCUGCGCGACAUCUUCAUUGA